AUGACUCAUGAGCAAAGGUUAAUAUUCGAUGAGAUACUCAAUGCUGUGAUUACAGACUCUGGUGGUUUUUACUUUGUUUAUGGGCAUGGUGGAACGGCUCAUUCUAGAUUUUCAAUACCCAUUACAAUUACUAAUGAAUCUACUUGCAACAUCAAGCAUGGCAGUUUGAAAGCUAAGCUGCUCAUUCAAAUUAGCUUAGUAAUUUGGGAUGAAGCUCAAAUGUUCAAUGAAAUGUGCUUUGAAGCACUUGAUCGGAAGCUUAGGGAUCUUAUGUCAGUUACCGAUCAACAUAAAACACAUCAACCAUUUGGUGGUAAGGUUGUUGUUCUAGGAGGUGAUUUUAGGCAGAUACUUCCGGUGAUUCUGAAAGGGAGUAGACACGAUAUAUUGACAUCAGCUAUUAACUCAUCCCAUCUGUAG